CUCAUUAUUAAUAAUUUUUCAAUCUUUCAAUUCUUCCCUCUCUCCCAUCUCUAUCAAACUCGCAGGGUUCUUUUUCAAACAAACCAUUUCCUCAUUCGUUCCUCCAACCCCGAACACAUAGACUCUUCCUUCCUUUCCUUCUUUUUUUUCUUUUUUUCCUUUUCUUUUUACCCCAAGAAUAGCCCUGUUGAGCCCCAUGGCUUUCGUGCCCCCCACUACCCCGGCGCACCACCAGCACCAGCACCACCAAGUGCAGCAGAACCAGCAUCAGGGCAUAUACGCUUCUGGUGGUGCCUCGUCGAAUACUUCCUUCAAUACCCCUCCUUCACAGAUUAUGUCAGGAGCGGGUGUGAUACAGCAGCUGGACAAGAGCGGAUUACUACUAGGGAGGAAGAGAGCAUUGGAUGGUGGGAGUAUCGAGGAUACGGAAGGGGCCGCUUACAGGCCUGCGGCUUAUAGGACUGAAGGUGCCCGCCUUGCUUGCCUGGUCAACGCUUCUGUCACGGUGUGCGGGGAAGAUGCGAUUUACGCCUUUGGCGGAUUCGAUCAGUAUACCGAUGAAGUAUACAAUCAUGUGCUCAGAUUGGAUCUGCGCACUUACACGUGGACUCUCGUUGAUAACUACGGUGACAUUCCUAGUGUUAGGAUGGGUCACACAACGGUCUAUUGGCGUGACAACAAGCUAAUAAUAUUUGGUGGGGAAAAUGAACAUCGGAUGUUCUUGUCGGAUGUGUACAUCUUCGACAUCCCUACCGCGACAUGGUCGCAGCCGGUUCUUUCCGGACGCCCCCCUUGCGGUCGGUCUCGGCAUGCCGUUGUCCUUCAUGACGAUAAGCUCUUUAUUCUCGGCGGCAUUCAUAACCGUUCAGCCAUACCAUCUGACUUUGAUCCAGAGGAGGAUAACGAAUACAAUCCACAGGAGGUUCUCGACGAUAUUUGCUAUCUGGACCUGAAGACAAUGACAUGGAGCAGGAGUUGGACAUGGAUUGCCAGGUUUGACCACCAAGCUUGGAUUAGGGAUGGUAAAUUGUGGGUGUUUGGUGGUAUGGGACAAGGAAUGGAUCGAACGGGGGAAUUGAUAUCUUUGGAUCUCAAUCAUCCGGCAUUUGCGAGGACAGAGAUCAAGCAGACAGGGUACGUUACGAGGCAGCCGGGGCUAGGUGGAGAUGCUGCAACUGUGACCGGGGGUCAGAGCCGAAUACUUCGCUCUCAUCGCCCUUACGGCCCGAAUUCCCCACGACCAAUCGCGAGCUCGCGACGGAAUACACCACCGCCGAAAAAGCAGGCAGUACCCGCUGCUACUGCCUCUGUUUCAUUUCUCUGGGGCCGGGACAUACCCUCCGAGGCGCAUGGCACACACUUCCAUCACCUUUGUGGGAAUACUUUGCUUGACUUUGUGACCUCUGCGAAUACAAUUCGGCCAUCCGAGACGGGCCUCUGCGCACUUAACCUGGAUGACAUGACAUGGAGGAAAAUUGCUGACGGUAUGGAUAUCGUGGGGGGAGGGCUAUGGAGGUGGCAUUAUCUGGCGAUAUCUCCGGACAGCACUAUGGCUUACCUUCUCGGAUGCCCUACCGAUACCGAUGAGGAUGUAGGGGAGGGGGAGGAGUAUCUUUCGGAUGUUUUGCCGAUUGAUUUGAGCCGAUUUGGGAUGAAUGUUGACCAGAAGGAGGGGGACAAUCCCAAAGCUGGAACGUUAGGAAUGGAUCUGGCUAAUUUCUUUGAUAAGCCCGAUUUUGGCUCUGAUUUUGUGGUCCGAGCGAUAAAGGAUGAAGCUGCGGAGGGCGAUGAGUGGGAUAUGACUGGGGUAUGGGGGAGAAGGCCCCCUAUUAGGGUUCACAAGCUCAUUCUACUUUCGAGAUGGCCGCACUUUGCAACCCUAUACAGCGCUCGGAUGGUUGAGUUUCAUAAGAAUAGGAUGUACUUACCGGAACCAUACACCGUCGUCCGCGCGUUUUUGUAUUACUUAUAUACCGACUCUGUAGCGACAUCACCUUACUGCCCUAACCUUUCAACGGUGGCUGGUCUGCUCGUCAUGGCUAACCUGUACGAUUUGAAACGACUACGAGCGCUGGCUCUCAACAGGCUAUUCUCAGAACUUGACGUUGAGUCCGCAGCUGUGAUCUGGGAGCGUGCUGGUGUUGCUGGCGAGGAAGGCUUACGAAAGAAAGCUGCUGGCUUCGUGUUGACAUACUGGGGUCGCAUAGUCCGAACAAUGGGAUUCAGACGCCUGAGCAGACGAAGCCUGAUGGAGCUCUGUGAGGAAGUCGAUGUGGAAGGGCGCAUAAUGGGUAGUGAGGAACUGGGCGUCGUGGGUGCUGUCGACGGCGGUGUUGUCGGUCUAUACCAGGGCGAUAUCGGAGGAUUUAUGACUGAAGAGGCGCGAAUGAGGACGAAGAGAAGGCGGUAUGUGGAUGAUCCGGAAGAGUUGGAGACUGGAGAGGCGGAGGAGGAUGAAGAGAUGAGUUGAUGGGAUAUGACUUGGAUUGGAUUGAAUUGAUAGAUGUGCUUUGGUGUUGGUUAGCUUUUAUUGUCACUUUUUCACUCGCGUUCCUCCUCGGAAACUUGAAUACAGAUUGUGCUUUAGGGUUUUAUUUUCUAUAUCUUUGCUUGAUUGCUUGAUUGCCUGGAGUGGUGGGUUUUAAAUGUAUAUGGCGAUUAGGAUGGGAUAUUUUCUUUUUUAUUCUUCUCAUUUUUACCCUCUC